AAUGUAUAAUCUGCCAGCCUAGUACACUGCCAACAAUGGAAAUCCUUACCGUGGUUGUUCCUGACCUGAUCCGCUAUUCGAAAGAUUACUUCAUGGAUAACUCUCUGUUUCAACAAAUUGAGCAUGUUCGAAAAGGUACUCUACCAGCUGCUGUCGGUCCUCAUCCAAUUCGAACAAUGGUUGAUGGUAUUGACUACUGUGCUACAGCUAUUCAGGUGCCGAUUACGACACAAAAGAAAUGCGACUUGGUACUUCACGACUGUGAGAAAGUAUCAAUGGAUUCCGCCCACCUAGCUGAAUUUUUAGGUGAAGAUACUGUAUUCACACUUGGGAAAAACAAAGAAGGAAAUGUUUUCUUUUUAUUGGCUGAUAGAAAUCCUGACAAAGUCUUACAUGCUCCUGAGAUUACAAAAGUCAUGGCUUCAAUGAUUCAAUUAACUACUAAUCUGAAGUUGCGAGAGUUGAAGGAAAUCGAACAAUUCCGCAUUCCAAUUGAGCUAGCCGGAAGCUUCAUGUUGAUGGUCAAGUGCAGAGAAAAUGGGAAGAGAACGUUGGAACUUUUCGAUGAGAACAUGACUCAGGUUGGAUUUGUAAACGGUUUUGUCUGGAGAGAGAUUGUUGUCUGAACUUUUUGAAAACUAUUUUAUUACAUUUCUAAUGUUUAAAAUAAAAUUGUAUUAUU